AUGGCCACCCAUGAUCGGGCAAUAGUUCCUUUGGAAGAAGAAGAACACGACUAUGAGGCGCUGCCGCCAAACUUCUCCCUCACUGCGAACAUGCUUGCCGGCGCGUUCGCAGGCAUUGCCGAACACUCGGUCAUGUAUCCCGUCGAUCUACUCAAGACCAGAAUGCAGAUAGUCAAUCCAUCACCGAGCGCCAUGUACAGCGGCAUUUCAAACGCCAUGGUCACAAUAUCGCGGGCGGAAGGCUUCUGGUCGUUAUGGAGGGGUUUGUCCAGUGUUGUAAUGGGCGCAGGUCCCGCGCAUGCCGUCUACUUUGCCUCGUAUGAAGCCACAAAACACGCCCUCGGUGGCAAUGAAGGAGAGAGCCAUGAGCACCACCCUCUUGCAGCAGCUGCUAGCGGCGCUGCAGCCACUAUUUCCAGCGAUGCGCUGAUGAAUCCCUUUGACGUCAUAAAACAACGCAUGCAAAUGCACGGUUCCAUCUACAAGUCUGUCCCCCAAUGCGCCCGAGAGGUGUUCCGCGCCGAAGGAAUAGGCGCAUUCUACGUCUCGUACCCCACCACGCUAUGUAUGACGGUUCCAUUUACCGCCCUACAAUUCAUGGCAUACGAAUCCAUAUCCAAAGUCAUGAACCCGACCGGCCGCUACGACCCGUACACGCAUUGUUUCGCCGGAGGUAUUGCCGGUGGAUUUGCUGCCGGGCUUACCACGCCACUGGACGUGAUCAAGACGCUAUUACAAACACGAGGAAAUGCUCGGGAUGCCGAAUUAAAAAAUGUCUCGGGCUUGAUGCAGGCGGCAAGGAUCAUUCGUGAAAGAGAAGGAUACAGAGGGUACUUUCGUGGACUGAAGCCUCGAAUCAUCACCACCAUGCCUAGCACAGCAAUUUGCUGGUCUGCAUACGAAAUGGCCAAGGCCUUUUUCAUUCGGCGAAGCACAAACUCGUCCACGGCUAUUUGA